GCAACUUGCCUAGCUUGCUUCAAGAACCGGAGCCAUGGCGUCACCUUCACCAGAGAUGGUCAGCCCGGAUAUGGUCAGCUCGCAGAGAAAGAGACGGAGAUUCCACAAUGAAGACGUUACUGUCGAACAGGUGGAGGAGCUUGGCAUUCUGCGAGAAGUUGACCCCAGAGUCAUUGCGCAAAAAUUGAUCGACGAAGGCAAAGCUGGAUGGGAACCUGCUGACUGGAGAAAUCCCAUGGAGAAUUUGGGGAAUCUCUUUGAUCGCUACACUCUUGGCCAAGGAAGCCUGCCUUUCACUAUAGAUGUGGCGGUGGUGAGCGGAAAUUUUGUGGCCAGCCUGAAGACAUGCCUUUCUCAAGACGAGUAUGUGGGGUCUUAUCACACUGAGCCCCACGCCAAGCAAGAAGCGGCUAAAAGCUUUUUGCGGGACCCUAACGUGAAAAAACUGUUCGGACUUAUUCCGCCAAAGCAAGGCGAUAUACGCCACAAGGUAGUUUUGUACACCGAAGAGAAGAGGGCAUGUGAAGAUUUCGGGGUGACGCGAGUUGUACAGAAUUUAAUCGUCAGGAAGCGCAUUGAUGAUGUGCUAGCUGUUUUCCACGACAUGGGCUACCGAACAGAUGUUUGGGACUUCAAUGUGUAGGCAUCGCAAAGCGAGGCCAUGGUGCGUAGGCGCAUUCUGAAAGAAUAGUAUGCAGCACCUGGUUCGGCUUGCAGGUGAAGCAAAA